AACUCGUGAACCUGACAAUGUGUCAUGGUUUUGUGGAUUAUGAGUGUGUGGCUUUUUUAGUUUUAUUUUAAAGUUCUUGGUAAAAUUACAAGGCACGAGUACUUACCUACUACCAUUAAUAAAAUUCAGGUGUACUUCUUAUACAUUAAAUAUGCCUAAAAAAAAAACUGGACAGAGAAAAAAAGCAGAAAAGAUGAGACUUCGACAAAAAGGAAUUAGAUCUGCAAAAGACAACUUGUCUUUGGCUAAACACCCUUGCAAUGCAUCAAUGGAAUGUGAUAAAUGCAAGAAGAAACAAAAAAAUCGGGCUUUUUGUUAUUUUUGUCAAAAUUUACAGCGUUUACCUCAGUGUGCUAGCUGUGGUAAAAUAAAAUGUCUUAUGAAGUCAGGAGAUUGUGUUGUUAAACACCCUGGUGUUUAUACAACAGGAAUGGGAUUAGUGGGAGCAAUUUGUGACUUUUGCGAAGCAUGGGUAUGUCAUGGUCGAAAAUGCCUGACAACUCAUGCUUGUGUUUGUCCCCUACAAGAUGCGAAUUGUGCUGAAUGUGAACGCGGAACAUGGGAUCACGGUGGUCGUAUAUUCAUGUGCUCAUAUUGUUCAGCAUAUCUUUGUGAAGAUGAUCAAUUUGAGCACCAAGCUUCAUGUCAAGUUUUAGAAUCAGAAAAUUAUAAAUGUCAAUCAUGCAAUAAAUUAGGACAGUAUAGUUGUUUGAGAUGCAAAGUGUGUUUCUGUGAUGAACACAUCCGAUGUAAACGUUUCAAGUAUUCUGAAAAAGAUAGAAAUUAUCCAUGUCCAAAGUGUUCUUAUCCAACAGCUGAAGUCAGUGAUCUAUCAUUAUCUUCACGUAAUCAUAAAUAUGGCCGACAAACAUAUGAAGAAGGUGAUGAUGAUGAUGAUUCAUAUGCUUAUGGAGCUAGUAGUUCUGGAACAAACUAUGGAUAUACUUAUGAUGAAGCUGAAUAUAGUGAUGACGACGAUGAUGAUUAUUCUUCAGAAGAAGAAGACGAUGAUGAUGAUGAUGAUGAUGAUGAUGACGAUGAUGAUGAUGACAAUGAAGAGAAAGCAAAACUAAAAAAAUAAAAUAUUAUCAUUAUAAAUCUAGAUAGUACUUUUAUAAAAAUAUAAAAUUUAUCAAUUUAAUAAAUUCAAUCUUCUUUAUUAUUUCAUAUUCUAAUCUAAAAAGCUGUUAUAGCCUGUUGUCUAAACCAUAGAACAUGUUCUAUGUAUAAACUAUGUACUAUAUUUUCUUUCAUAAAUGUUCUCUCCAGUAUAAAUGCUGACACAUAAGUGUUGGAUAAAUUGUUUGAUGAUGGUGAAGGCUCCAUUGAAGGCUUAUAAUUAUGACUGACAUAUUAAUCAUAUUUAUAAUAUAAAUUACCCAUUAUUUAACAAAAAUAUUAUGCUGUUAUACAAUUUUUAUUAUUUAUA